AUGGCAGAAUGCGAAGAUGUCUAUAAUGCAAAAGACCACUGUGGCUACACAAUCGACAACUGCAGCUGGAUUUUCCAAUUUUAUUUCUGCAGUCUCAAUGGAAACCCUUUUUCGCUUAUUUUAAUGGUAAAGCCUACCUAGCUCAUACUAUUUUGACUAUUUAUUACUACAUUAGGAACAAUAGCUGACCAAUACUUUUCUCCAUCCCUCUCCUAUAUCGCCAGCAAGCUAAAACUGUCCCCAACGCUUGCAGGAAUCACUCUUUUGGCCUUUGGCAAUGGAGCACCUGAUGUAUUUUCAUCAAUUCUCGCAGCACAAAAGCUGAAGAUUUUCCUUGCAUUGGGUGCUCUGUUUGGAGGCGCACUUUUCGUGAACUCUGUGGUGCUUUAUUUUGUAGUCAUAGAAGGCGGGGAAUCCCACAUUGUGCUUUCUAAGCUAUUUCGAGAUGCUGGAUUUCUGUUAUUGACUGUGUCUACAAUCCUGAUAUAUGGGCUUAUAGGCGAAAUCUCACUUUUUCAAGCAUGUUUAUUCCCUUUGCUUUACACAGUUUAUGUUUGUAUAGUGAUUUAUACAGAAAAAGAAAAAAAAGCUUUAUCAGCGUUUGACUCAUUAGAGCUGCCUGUUUUAGAAAGCAACCGAAUUGAGUCCUGCGAAAUCAUUGAGGACUAUAUAGCAAGCACGAUUCCUCAGAUCCAAAUCACACAGGUCCACGGGAGACCUCCCCAUUCUAUAGUGUCCAACUUGCAAUGGAGCUUAAUCAAAUUCCGCUAUUUUUUGCAAAAAGAACAGACAGAGUUUUCCUCAAUGACGUUUUUUGAAAAAGCACGAUAUAUUAUUAUAUUCCCUAUACAAUUUCUACAGAAGCUAACGAUUCCUUAUUAUAUAGAAGAGAACUGGAAUAGGUCUUAUGCAGUUAUGAUGCCUCUUGCUUCGAUAUUUUUUGUUUUGACGACUCAAGAAUGUAAUUAUUAAGCAGGAAUCACUGAGACAGUAUUUGGGGUGCAUGUUUGGAUUCCUUCGCUUAUAAUUGGGGUCUUUUUGUGUGUAUGGGUCUGGUGUACGAGUAAAGUGUCAAUUCCGCCGAAUUAUAAUGGUGUUUUGACAAUUGUGGCAUUUUUAAUGUCAAUUUUGUGGAUUUGCACUAUUUGUGGGUAUUGUGUUGGCACACUAUGGACUCCUAUAGUCUUGAUACCUCAAUAUCCUUGGGUUUAAUUUGAAAACUUAAUUUUUGUGAAACCAACCCUCAAAUUCACAAAUCUAUAGAUUUGUCAAUUUAAGGUUAAUUUAUCAAGCCUUGGAUCUCCUAGGGAGGCAUUGAGAAUGGAGUCCAUAAGAGUGGGGAUACUAUAUAUGGUUGAUUUAUUGAGCUUAGCUGGACUGCUGAGUGGGAUUCCAGCUGAAUUCUUACUCCCCUGAGGGGGUUAAUUUUUUUAAAAAAAACUUUAUUUAAUAAUUAUUUUUUUUUUCGCUAAGGGGAGUUAGGUAUGACUAUGCUUGCUUGGGGUAACUCUGCUGGGGACUUUUAUGCGAAUCCUGCAAUAGCCAAGCUUGGUCUUAACCAAACAGCCAUGACUGCUUGCUUUGCAGGUCCUCUCUUCAACACCUUAGUAGGAUUUGGCAUAGCUCUCAUUAUCAGCAGCAGCGCAGGACCAAUCUCCUUUAGCAUGUACGACCACGCAGUGGUCGCAAUCUCAGGCUGCUGCUUAAUCGCCUCUAUCCUAACUUCUCUCCUAUUCGGAAGUUUCUUCAGAGGCCUAAUCACAAAACUGCACGCAAAGCUGCUCCUUUCCUUGUAUUUUACCUUCGGACUUAUCGUGUCUCUAUAUCAAUUCACAUAA